AAAUAAUGUUAUGUUGUAUGGAUCCUGGAUAGGCAGACGUUGGUAAUGCUUUGAAUUGUCCCUUUAGUGUGCAUUAAAGAAAUACCGGGUCAGAGAUUAUUUAUCAAUUAACAAUGGAUGCAGUUAGUUUACGUGAAACCACAUCUUCACCUGGUCUACCGAUGAUUAGCAGCGAGGAGAAGGAACUUGCCCACAAUGCUAGUGAGAGUUUCAAGGUUGGUAACUACCAGCUGUGUGUGGAACAGCUCAAGAAAUUGUCUAAUACUCGAAAACAUGAUCCAAAAGUUGACCACAAUCUAGCUGUCGCACAGUUUUACAUGUCGGGUUGUAAGAACACCGAUGAGUUUCGUAACAACUUGACUCAGGCAUCAAAACUUGCCCAACUAUCGUUAAAUGAUCUUGAGUCGCUAGAGGAUGUUGAGCAAGGCGUGUUCUUUUUCAACCAUGCUGUUAUUCUGUUCCACCUGCAUCAGUACCAGGACACCAUACGCAUCCUGGAAAAGAUGUUUCAAAUCCUGGAACCACUUGUAGAAACACUAGCACAUGAUGUGCUUCUCCUAUUGGUUGAAACAUUUCUGAGAAAUCAACAGGCGGAUCGUGCUUUGUUCUAUCUAAACUACCUUGAGAAAGUGUUGCUAGGCCAGGAUCCAGCCCCCAAGCAAAGCCAAGCCUCAGACCAGCAGUCUGGAAAGGAGGCCACAGAAAACAGUAAUUCAACCAGUGAAAAAUAUGAAAUGCACAAAGCAGUACUUAAUAAGUGCAAGACAAGAUGUUUUUUAGGGCUCCGGUCAAUGAAAGCUUGUAAAAGGGAACUGAAGCAUAUGAUGAAUUCAUCAGGAUCGACUGCAACCACACUAUUCAUGAAAAGUAACUUUGAAUAUCUACGACAGAAUUAUCGAAAGGCUAUUAAGUUUCUCAACAGUGCACCACAAUCCUUAAAUUUCCACGUCACAGGUGAAUGCAUCUCCGCCAUGUACUUCAACAACAUCUCCUGCGUGCAUUUCCAUUUGCGUAAAUACAACCUCGGCACGUACUAUGCACGCAGAGCAAUUCAAGAAAAUCUCAGUGCUGUUCAAGAAAUUCCAAAGAAACAAGAUCAAUCUAAUCUUGAUCGCAUAGGUUGUGAGCUGUCAGGAAGGCCUUUGAAAACUCUUGGGAUGAACCGGCAUUUUGAGUUGCUAUUCAACAUGGGAAUCCAACUGCUUCAUGCAGGCCAGCCACUUUCAGCUUUUGACUGUCUUAUCGAGGUUGUGCAAAUCUUCCCUUCUAAUCCUCGGCUGUGGCUGAGGAUUGCAGAAUGUUGUAUUCUGGUGCAUAAACAAGCUGAGAUUAAAGGAAAUUCUAAAAAGGAUGAUGACAAGAGACGAGGCAUCGUUGAGAAAGUAGUAGGUACCGGAAUAUACAGAAAAGUGGUGCUUUUACGAAGUGCAUCUAUGAUGAAGAAUUACAGCUGUAGCAGUGGACAAUCGGCCGCUAUGCCUGAGGCAACAUUAGAUUUUGCUAGCCUAUGUUUGUGUAAUGCACUCAACUUAUUGGAAUGCGAUUGGCAGAAUUCUGCUACACCUCUCAGCAAAACGAGUGGCAGUGAAACAGACAGCACCGACUCCCAUAGUCCAAAGCAGCAUGGAUUCAUCUCAGACAAACCAGCGCCCCCAUCACAACCUUUGAAGGGCAGUGAAGUGAUUAGUCUCCGCUGUUCCAUACUUGUAUGCAGUGCUUAUGUAAAGCUUUGUCUUGGAGACUUCACUUGUGCAUUGGAGUAUGCAGGGAAUCUCCUAAAUCAGUCAGAGCUGUCUGGAUCUCUAAGAUAUCUUGGGCACAUGUAUUGUGCUGAGGCAUUGAUAAACAUGGACAAGAUCUCAGAGGCCAUCAAGCAUUUAUCGUUUGAUAAUGUCAGUGAUGUCAGAAUUCAGUAUCAAGGAGAUCAAGGAAGUGAUAAGGAGAAGAAUGAUAACAGCACAGAUGGCGAGGCCUCAGAGCAAAGGUCAACGGUAGCAAUGUCAUACCCAGCGUCGUUGCAGACUGCAAAAGCGACAAUGGCCUUCAACCUUGCAACAGCCUUCUGUAUACGCGGUGAGAUGGACAAAGCAAAACGUUGUAUUAUGCAGGCUUGUGCAAUGAUUCCUCAUUCAGAAGUUCCACCUCAGGCAUUGCUGCUGGCUAUUGCCAUAGAGCUACAGUGUGGAAGCACACAAUUAGCUCUUCAAAUGGUGAAAAAACAGCAGCUGAUUCCAUACUACAAAGCUCCAGAAUAUAAGCAUAUUGACCCAACCAUAAUUCUACCGCCGGCUAACUUGAACCACAAACCAAUAGGUAUGCCUCCUCCAUCCCAGCAACUCCAGUCACAAAGGCCAAUCGGAACACCUGGUCAAGGAGGCUUUAGACCUAUUGGUCAACCAGUCGGCCAUUCUAUUGGGCAGUCUUUCGGACUGCCCCUCGGUCAGCCUAAUCAGGGCUUCGGGCAAGCAAACUUGGGACAGUCAAGUCCGUUACUCGGAUCCAUACCCAUGCCUGGUCCGCUACUAGUGAACACGUCGCAGGGGAAUUUGUUAGCGCCAGGACAGGGUAGAGGCAUAUUCAGCCCUCUAGAUGCCACAAAACCUACAUGGAAGGAUGCUUGGAAAUAACUGAAUAUUCAUAAUAUUUAAAUUAUGUUAUAUUAUAAUCUUUUAGCAUUACCUUAUUUAUUCGAAUAAAUACCUGCUCGAAUAAAUGCCCUAUUUAGAGCCUCUUUAGGAAUAAACACCUCCCUCGAAUAAGCUCCCUGGCUGUUUAUUUUUUCACCAAAUAAAUGCCCCUCCAAAAGCCCUUCUCAACAAUAGAUGUCCAGUGGUGUUUAUUAGAAUAAAUACGGUAUAUUAUUGUAAAUAUACAUUUGCAUUGCAAAAAAAUAACAUAAUUAAUAUUUUUUCAUUUCAGUUGUCUUACCAAUGUUGAUGCUAGUAAAUUAUUAGGCUCUGUCAAUAUCAAUUUCACAAAUCAUAAAUCAUAAGUGAUUAAAACCAUUUGUUCUCUUUUAAUUUGAAGAGAAACACCACCAGAUCUUUUGCCCUACUAAUGCAAGAUCCAAUAAUUUAUGUUAAGCUUCAAGCUUUUAAUUGAAGAAUUGCGGGUUCAACUCCGAUGCUCAUCAAAUUGCCUGUACUUUUGAAAAUUACUGUAUGUGUUUAAUGAGAGAAGCGCUAUAUAAGAGCGACAUAUUAUUAUUAUUAUUAUUAAAACAGUAGUUUGUUGGCAUCUACGGCUUUACUAUAUGUGAACUGUUUUUUCAUCGGUUAUAUUCUAUUGUUUGAUUAUCAUUCAGUAGAUACUUGUUUUGUAGGUAUUAACACCCAUUUUGUUAUAUACUUCUUAUAAAUUUCACUGUUUAUAUCCAUGUCAUUAUCUAAGUUGGAAACAAAUGAUUGCGAAUAAAUAUUGACAAUAGUGUAAUUUACGCUUUUAUAUAUAUACUA